GGGACGCUGGCGGGCCCGGGAGGAAGCGGGGCGGCCCGGCUGGGAGCGGCGCUGCUCGGGGCGGAGCGCCGCGGCCCUGCGGCGGGGCCCAGCCGGCUGCCGGCAGCAGCCAUGGCCGAGGCCGGCGGCGGCAGCAUCCACACGCGGCACGUCUCGGCCGUGCACAACGUGCCGCUGCGCGUCCUCAUCCGGCCCAUCCCGGCGGUGCUGGAGCCGGCCAAGGUGCAGAGCCUGGUGGAGACGCUGCAGGAGGAUCCCGAGCGGGUGCCGCCCAUCGACGUGCUCUGGAUUAAGGGCAGCCAGGGCGGGGACUACUUCUACUCCUUCGGGGGAUGCCACCGCUACGCGGCCCACCGGCAGCUGCGCCGGGAGACCAUCCCCGCCAAGAUCAUCCCGUCCACCCUCAGCGACCUCCGCACCUACCUGGGCUCCUCCACCCCCGACCUGCGCUAGCGGCAGCCCCGGCCCGGGGGGCUCCCUGCGCCCGCCCCCCCCCCGGCGUCCCCACCAGCUGAGCUCCGCCAAAUUCCGGGGUCCCCCCGGUCCGGGGCUCACGUGGCCUGGGGUCCCCCUGGGGUCCCUGGGGGCUGAGCUGGGCCUGUCUCCAGGGCGCUUCGCGGCCGGUUGCAGAGCCGGGGCCCCUCCAGCUGGGAGGGUGACAGGGACCCCCCCGUCCCCGGGCCCCGGGGUCCCUCCGGGGCGGUUGCAGUGCCGGGGGCUCCCCAAGUCCUUCUGGCGGGGAGGGGGACAGGGACCCCCGCCCUGGGCUCCCACCCUGCGGGGAGGCAGCGGCGCCCCUGAGGCCGGGGAGGGCGCGGCGGUGGGGACCGCGGCCCGGGGGGGGCCCGGGGGGGGGCCCGGGGGGGGCCCGGGGCUGAGCCCCGCCGGCCCCGCGGUGCGUCCCGGCGCGGCCGGCAGGUGGCGCCCUUGUGCCGCGCCGCCGCGGGCGCCGCCGUGGGAACCGGGCCGCGCCGCGCCGGGCCGCGCCGAACCGGGCCAGGCUGAGCCGAACCGGGUCGCACCGAGCCAAACCGCGCCGGGCCUAGUCGAACCGGGCCAGGCUGAGCCGAACCGGGCUGGGGCUGAGCCGAACCGCACCGGGCCGAGCCGAACCGGGCCAGGCUGAGCCGAACCGGGUCGCACAGAGCCAAACCGCGCCGGGCCUAGCCGAACCGGGCCAGGCUGAGCCGAACCGGGCUGGGGCUGAGCCGAACCGGGCCGCGCCGAGCUGGGCCGCGACAAACCGGGCUGGGCCGAGACGAACCGGGUCGGGCUGAGCCAGAGCCAAGCCAAACGGGGGCAGAGCCGGUCCCCAGGCCUCUCCCUGUGGCUCCGGGCUUGCCCUGGUCCCAGCCCAGGAGAACCCUGAGCCGCGCCUGCCAUGGAACCUCCCGCCCCCACAUCCUCGGCACCCCCCAGCCCCCUUCCCCGGGGUGAGGUCCCUAAACCGGCGCUUUGGGGACAGCCGCUGCUGCUCCUGGAAUAAAGACGGUCAAACUCCAA